AUGGACCUGAAGCGCUUUAAUUUCUUGAUGGCACAAGUGCCACAGAAGACGCUAGUGGAGUUGAAAGACCGUUUCACCAAAGUGCCGUCGACCGAUCGUUACGCGUGGGCGAAGGCGAUCCUAAUUGCACAUUUUAGUGAGAGUCAGCAGCGCCGAAUGCAACGGGUGCUUGCUGAGAUGGUGCUAGGUGACCAAAAGCCGUCACAGUUGUACCACGCGAUGCGCCGUGAAGCGCAAGAUUCCGUGAGUGAGGAACUGCUGUUGGACCUGUGGGCCGCGCGACUUCCAGUUGGCCUCCAGCAUACCGUAGUUGCCAAUCGUGGGUGUAUGACGGAGAAGCUGGCAGUGGCAGAUGCAGUGUUUGAAGCAACACGCCUGCGUCCCAUCUCAUCGGUCGCAACAACACCCUCGCCGCCGCCGAUGUCAGGUGCUUUCGUCGAGGCUAGCACGACGGAGAAGAGCACGGUGGAGAUGCUGCGCCAGCUAAUGGAGGAAAUGCGAGUUUUCAAGCGAGACCUGACCGAGUUGAAGACGGCCAAUAACCAACGAGGCCGGAGCCGCCAAAGAAAUCGAUCUCUUAGACGCUCCCAAGGACGUGGGAGUCAACGCAACGGCACUCCGGUACCGCAUAACCCAGAACUCUGCUGGUACCACAAUAACUUUGGCGAUAACGCCACUCGCUGUCGCGCCCCCUGCAAGAAGGCCGGGUGUUACGAACAGGCCGACAGCGGCGCUGAACUAUCGCUCGUGCCGCGCGACCGUCGUCUUAAGAAUAUAAAGCCGUCCGAGGUAAUGCUCGUGGCGGCUAACGGCACGCAGAAAUACGUGUUCGGCGAGGUUACCUUGAGAGUAAGCUUGCGCCUCCGCCGAGCAUUCACCUGGACGUUCAUCAUCGCUGACGUCAAUACAGCGAUCAUAGGAGCCGAUUUUCUGGCGCACUACGAUCUCUUGGUGGAUUUGAAACACAAAAGACUGCUAGAACGGCUAACAUCGCUGGAGACCCCUGGAGAUCAGUUAAGGAAGCUGAGCACUGCGACAUACGAUUGUAGCGGCUGA